AUGUCGUUUCCCGAUAGAGAGCAGCGGAAAACAUGUUGGGACUCCAGAGAUCGUUACUGGGAAUGCCUAGAUAAAGAAAAUGUUAAAGAUAGCUCCGAGAAACCAAAGGCAUGCUUGGAUUUAAGGAAAAUGUUUGAAAAGUCUUGUCCUACUCAGUGGGUCUCGCAUUUCGAUAGAAAAAGAGACUUUAACAUGUAUAAAGAGAAAAUCCAGAAAGAAGGCUAUGAACCCAUUAAGGAAUCAUAG